UCAAUCUGUUAAGGCAAAAAAGGAACUCUUAAAUUGAAGACAAUAUUGUAGCAAUAUUUAAUACUUUACAUCUUACUUAAUGAAGACUUUGAGUUGUAAAAAUAGUAAAACAGACUUUUUAAAAGAUUUGUUUGGAAACAUCUAAAAAAGGACUUUUACUAUUCUGUAACAAUGUCAGAAUGUAAACUAAGACUUUGAUAGCAGCAAGGUAUUUUUUUAUCAAUGUUUUAUGAAACAACAUUUGCGUGGAUUCUUCGUACGUAUUAAUGGCCUACUUGCGUUAAUAUGGAUUGUUUCCCUCUUAGGCUACCAACUCUCCCAGCCAAUCGUUCAUUUCCUAAUGCAAGAUUCUUUAAAUAUAUAUCAAAUAUAUAUCUAAAUCUAAAACAUUACCCUACACUGUUACUUUUCAGGAGGGGCAUUAGUAUUGAAACAUGGCAGAUUUUUUCCUGACCUCAGGAACUUAUUUUUGGGCUAUGUGCCUUUUUUCUUGGGUUUCCUUCCCCAUCAUUUAUGAUGCUUUAGGACUCUGUGUUGUCAUAACCUUACAUUAUUAAAGAUGGUUGGGUGAGUCUCCUUCCAGUGCCAUUCUUAAAUUGUCCACCAUUUUCAGUAGAACAAUCCACUCUUUAACUGUUUCAAGAGCUGAAUGCACUGCCUAUGUAGUGCUUCGAGCCUGGAGAGCGAGAGAUACAAGCAAGUAAUCUAAUUCUAGUCCACCUGCAAAUUUGUGCCCUGUUAAAUCAGUUUUUAAAAAAAUCACACCCUUAUAUAAACUGCUGCAACUUUGUAGUCCAGGCCUGACAACAAUAUGAGGAUUAAGUGGCUGCAUCAUUUACACUGCUGCAGUAGUCACUGAUAGAAGGUAAACAGUACUUUCCCCCCUAAAUGUACACUGCAUAACCAUAGGGUUAUAGCAUUAAGGGGAGAGGCAAAGGGUGAGUAAGCAUAUGUAAUACCUCUGCAUUUUUGCAGUCUUGGUUGUAGUUCCAAAGAUGUUCUUUGGUAGCUGCAUUCAAAGAGUCCUGCUCAGCUGCAUUGCUCCCAUUAGCCACUGAAAAACACAAAAAAUAAAUUCCUUUUGGACACUGGGCAUCAGAAACGUAAAUUUACAACAAUUUUAAUUCCUUAUGGAAUAUAAUUGUAUCAUUGAAGCUUAUUUGGAAUAGUGCUGUUUUAAAUAAGACAAGCUGUUAAUACCCACUUUAAUGCUAGGAGUAAAUCAUUGGAACCUGUUCUCUCAGUGCAGGCCUGCAACUCUCUUUGGGGUUAAUGGGCUUGGAGAGUCUCCCCUGAGGGCCUAUUUUCUUAAGCAGAAGCAAUUACAUUUUAAGCCACAGGAUGUCAUCGUUGCUCCACAGAGGUGCUGAUUUAAAAAAAAAAAAACUUCAUUUUUACAUUUUCACUGACAUUUGAUUUUCAUUGCAAGUUUUGUUCAGCAGGCUCUAAAUAUAGAGCCAGAAAGAACACAUCAAGCGAAAGGAUAUUUUUACCUAGAGAAGCAUGCAGUUACCCUCUUAACCUUACAGAUGCGUGGUUCCUCCAGAACAGGCACAUUGGUGGGGAAGUAGAACUAGAUAGAAGUGCUGUUUUGGAUAACUGGGACCUGGAAAGACUUUAAGGCUUUGUCUAUCAAGAUAUGCACUGCCCAGCAUCAGAAGCUUAUAUCAUCUUGAAAACAGUUGGGAAAAUGUCCUCUACUUUAUAAAUCCUUUCCUUGGAUAGCCAUGCAGAAGAGAGCAAAUCAUCCUCCAAGUAGUUUUCUACCAAAAUAAUUCAAUCAACUGAUAAUUCUUGUUAGCAUGUAGCUAGAUUAGAUAGAUGUAGUAAUAGAAGUCCAGAUUAGGAGAGGAUUGGGUUUGGGAGCUAUAUAGGUGUAGAAAACUUCAAAUAUUGUACUGUAAUGCUAAAAUUUGAUGGAAUUUUAUAAUUUAAAUUAAUACCAUGAGAGGUUAGAACCCCGGUUAUUAAUCCAGUCCUGACAGAGGAUAUAUUUAGUAAUAUCUUAAUUUUAGAUAUGACAUUCACUGGUACUAGUAAAGGGAUAUCCUUAUAUUUAUGAUAUUUAUGUAAAUCAACUUUUUUUUUUUCAGUGCAGUGACCAUAACAGGAUUUGUCCAGAGCCAUUAUGUACCUGACAUCCAUGGUGUAGAAUUAUUUUUUGGUCUAAUGUCCAUUGGGGUGCACAAGUGGAGCAAGUGUAUAGCAAUCACUGUUUUGGAGAUGGUUCUGAACCACUUACCCAUGGUAUAGAUGGAUAGAGGCAAUAUACUUAAACUUCAGUUACUGCUAGUCCUUAUGUGGAAAAGCCUGAUUCAUUUUAGGAUUGGAAGAAGUUGGCUUGUGACUCAUUUAAAAACAUCAGUAAGUGCCUUACCUACAAAGACUGUACUGAUGGCUGGUUGGAGCAUGUGCUGCAGUGCCUUCUGCAGGGGUUCCUGAGGUUCCUCUGCUAGGACACAAUGAAAGAGUUCAGGGUGCUGGAAGGUGGGUUCGGUGGACAGCAGAACCUGAGACCUCAGGAAAAUCUCCCACUCCUUUGGGGAUUUAGCUUUAUUCACUGCUACUUGGGACAGAUACUCCAUACGUGCUGGAAAGAAGAAGAACAAGGGAGGCCAUAAAGGAGCCACAGCAUUCACUUUUUGCGUGAACUUUAAUGUGUUCUCAUACUUCACCAGAUUUCUUAUAAAGACACUACUAGAUCUCUCUGUGCAGUUGAACCCACUUACAUUCUUGAUGAUCUUCGUCUAAACUUUGUACUGAUAUAUAUCCAUUGGUUUCAGUGGGGCUGCACAGGAUGCAAAUUAUCAUAGAAUUUGACUCCAUGUGUGUAAUGACUGCGCUACCCUGAGAGAUCACUUCUGAAAAUAAUUGGAGCAAACUGAUCCACUCCAAAGGCAAGAAAGGUACUCUUCAGAACUAUUUUAUGAGCCCCGGGAAUAAAUAAGGGAGGGAGAUUGCUCCAACCCUCUCUUCAAUUUUGUGGCAAGAAUUUUAGCAAGGACCUCCAAGGAGCCCCUUCGAGUGUCUCAUUUAAAGGAACAACAUCUCUGCAGACCAGUGAAAACCACUGGAUUUUCAUCACGAGCCAUGUGAAGCUGUUUACACUCGUCAUUUAGACUGUGAACAGCAGUCUCCAGACGAUCACCAUCUUGCAGUUCAUGAGCAACUUGAAUGUACAGCUGCUCCUCUAGGCAAGUGCUAACUUGAGACAUCAGGGCUUUACACAGGUCUCCUGAAACAGUCAGAAGGUUUCUUCAGUGUUUAUCAGGAUAAUGAAAACCUGAAAUGCCUUCUGAGUAAAUACGACUGUACAUCUUUAAAGCACCAAGAAGGGAUGGAAACUGCAGCUGAAAGAGAAUUCAGGAACAAGAAGCCACAAAAACGCAACCUGGGUGUGGUAUGAGUAAUAAACACAGCUUUCUGAAGGCUUUGUGGCUGCCACAAUCUCUACUCUUACUGGGAGCUCCUUUGAUGAUCUGAAGCAUCGUCCUAGCAGACAUGGAUAUCUCAAACGCUACGGUCAGGAAGCCAGGCCUGUCACAGAACAGGCUGAUGGGUGUGUUAGAAACAGAUGACAGCAUCCAGGAAAGUGCAGAUGGUAAACAGGGAGAAAGCAAAGGGGCCAAAGGAGGGAAGGAAGAACCACCACCCCUGGAGACUCCUUACAAGAAAGAGAGCAGUGACUUUGAUCCAAAAAUCAAGAUUAACUUGAAUUAUCGACCAGGACUUUCCAGCAAUAGCCAAAAGGACCCAAAUCGCUUUGAAAGAGAUCGGCUCUUUGGUGCUGUCUUGAGGGGUAACCCGGCGGAGCUGCAUGGUUUGCUUGAUUACUUGAGCAGGACCUCCAAAUUUCUCUCCAAUUCAGAAUAUACAGAUGCCAAGACAGGUAAGACCUGCUUAAUGAAAGCCCUGCUGAAUUUAAAAGAUGGGACAAAUGCCACUAUCCCACUGUUGCUAGAAAUAGACCAGAAGACUGAGACUCCAAGGCCACUUGUCAAUGCUGCAUGCACCAAUAGUUACUAUGCAGGUCAGACUGCACUCCACAUUGCCAUAGAGAAGAGGCACCUAGAUUUAGUGAAACUGCUGGUAGAGAAUGGAGCCGAUGUCCAUGCCAGAGCCCAUGGCGAAUUCUUCAGGAAGAAGAAAGAAGGAGUGUGUUUUUAUUUUGGUGAACUUCCCCUCUCCUUGGCUGCUUGCACCAACCAGCUUGAUGUGAUAAAAUACCUCCUUGAUAACCCCUACCAGAAAGCCAGACUCCAGAAACAGGAUUCCCUGGGCAACACGGUUCUCCAUGCCCUGGUGAUGAUCGCAGAUGACACCGAGCAGAACACUGAGUUAGUGAGCAAGAUGUAUGAUGAGAUCUUAAAGGCAGGCACGAAGAUUAACCCAGCAGAGAAGCUCGAGGAGAUAGUGAACUGGGCUGGGUUAACGCCACUGAAACUGGCUGCCAAGGAGGGCAAAGUAGAGAUCUUCAGACACAUUCUCCAAAGAGAGAUCAAGGAUCCAGAGUACCGGCACCUGUCUCGCAAGUUCACUGAAUGGAGCUAUGGACCCGUCCAUGUAUCUCUCUAUGACUUGUCCUCUGUAGAUAGUUAUGAGAAAAACUCUGUGCUGGAGAUCCUUGCUGAGAGCAGUGACACACCAAAUCGAUACAAGAUGGUGGUUUUGGAGCCGCUGAACAAACUGCUCCAGCACAAAUGGGACUCAUUUGCUGCCAGGAGAUUUUACUUAAGUUUUUUCUCUUAUUUUAUAUUCAUGGCCAUCUUCACGGUCCUUGCCUACCAUCGUCCCCUGCAGUUACAGUCUCUGUUUCCUACAGAGUUCACAGCUAUCAGCUUCCUGCAGCUCACUGGACAGAUCGUUGUUUUCCUGGGAGGCUUUUAUCUCAUAAUUGCUCAGGGUCUGUACUUUUCGAGGAGGUGGCGGAACCUGAAGAACGUGUUCUCCGAUGGCUGCAUUGAGGUCUUUCUCUUGCUCCAGGCAAUCUCGCUGCUGCUUUCAGCUGUCCUGUAUAUUGUGGGUUCAGAAGACUAUGUACCCAUGAUGGUAUUCUCCUUACUGCUGGGAUGGGUGAACAUGCUCUACUACACUCGGGGCUUCCAGUGGACUGGGAUCUAUUGUGUCAUGAUACAGAAGACCAUCCUGAGGGACCUGCUGCGUUUCCUCAUGGUUUAUGUGAUCUUCCUCUUUGGCUUUGCAGCAGCUCUGGUCACCCUCACAGGGCAUGCUCCUCCAACUUCCCAGAACAAGUCUGUUACCCAAGAGGAUGGCGAUAAAGGCCACGUUGUGUACAGUGGGUUGCUGAGCACCUCCUUGGAGCUCUUCAAGUUCACCAUCGGCAUGGGGGACCUGGAGUUCCAGGAGCAAGUGAAAUUCAAAUACUUUGUCCUGCUGCUGCUGCUGCUGUUUGUGAUCCUGACCUACAUCCUCCUGCUCAACAUGCUGAUCGCCCUGAUGAGCGAGACUGUCACCAGUGUCUCUGGUUACAGCAAGAGUGUCUGGAAGCUGCAGAGAGCCAUUUCCAUUCUGGAAAUAGAGAAGUCCUGGCUGUGGUGCCCAAGAAGAAGGCAGAGAUCUGGCUGCUUCUUGUCUGUGAGCCUUGAUGAUAAGAAAGAUGAGAGAUGGUGUUUCAGAGUGGAGGAGAUUAACUGGGCCAACUGGGAAAAGGAGCUGGGAGUCAUCAAGGAGGAUCCUGGGAACUCCAGAGACUUGGAAAUAGAAUCCCUAGUGAAGAGAGUGCGGGACAGGAUGUCACGGGCGCAAGCAAACUCAGCAGAACUGGAGGAGCAGUUGCUAUUACAUCCCAUCAACCAGUAACUGAGAGGAGGCCACUAGAAAAGGACAAGCCAAGAGACGGUAGCAUGUUCUCGGCAUUGGGAUCCCGUCGUUGCUCCCAUCUGUAACGGAAUUCCUCAUUCUAUGGUGCCACUGAUGUUGAGAUGGAAAAGUAAUCCGUAUUAACAUGUCUCAUCAAAGGCUGUGUUUCAGUCUGUGUUUUGUGCAUACAAAGUAUUUCCUUUGAAGAAAUCAUUUCUGUUCAACUUCUUCUGCCUGAUACUUUCUUCCUACAAUGCUUAAAAAGAGGAUGUGGGUGUGAGAGAGAUUGGGGGUGUGUAUCCUGGAUGGGAUGGUUUUGUAAUCGAAGCCUCAGGUUUGAAAUUUCUCUCUGGAAGGCCAGGUUAAAAUUUCAUUUGAGUCAAUUUAGCCCUUCAUGCUUGUGAGACAGGAAAAUUUAGUUCCAUGCAGCUCAAUAUGUGUAGAACUUUUGGAUGAUACUUUUCCAACCACAGGACCUGUCUGCUGUGUACUGACAGUAUAAAAUACCAAGUACUUUUUGUGAGAACAGAACUUUGUCCUAGUGUUUGUGGCCAGAAAAAUGUUCUCUUCUGCACUGUUAUCCUCAAUCCCACAUGUGACUGCAUUUCAGGCAAUCUAUCUGGGAAGUGCUUUGGAAUUAAACGUGUAUAAAGCAUUGUUCAAAGUU